CCCUCAUGGUCCAAUGAAAUAGUCCGAGACCUCGCAGUUAUGCGGCUUCACCUUAUCAUUUCGCGGCAUGGAUUGCCUGCGACCAGAAUUUUGUGGACGACUACUACUGCCGCUUCGCUGGGCGAAUAUGGAACCCGCGGCGCAGCUCCCACUUCCGCUAUUGCCUCGUCGCGGAACCCCAAUGUUGCGUUCUCCAAUGGUGGAUACACGAUUGCUCAGUUACUGGAGGAUGUGAACGAAGUUGUUCCACUCGAGACGGAACCCAAUGUCUUUGAUCCCGAAUUCAGUGGCCAGUGGGGCCUGGAAGAUUAUGUGGUGGAGGUCAGUGGAUCGGAGUGUCUUCAUUUCAUGGAAGUGGAGGGAUUACUUCGGGAAGGCGAUGAAGUUGUUAUUCGUGCUUUACAACUCGCAGAUUUACGCGCAAGGCGCCUGUGCGGUCGUUUCCAGAUUGCUACAGAUGGAAAACAUCUCAUUGACGGUGUCCCAUUUGGAGCCCCGUUCAUUCAGCGUGCCACCAAUAGUCGUCCCGCCAUAACAAUUCCUCCACGGAAGAAACGUCGAACAGUAUUCUCUUCUGGCUGGGACCAAGACGCAGGGCGUGCGUAUGAAGGCUCAAAUGCCGAUGAAGAAGGCGACGGGGAGUGGCUGCCACCGACUGACACUGGAUUUGGAAAAGAACUCUCUAUCCUGCCUGUAGAGCAUGACAUGUCUAUGGGAACAGUGAUCAGGCACCCUGUUGAUCAUUCUGCAGAGGAUGAUAGCGACGAUGGUGAUGAGUAUGAGCCUGAAGAGGACGAGCUCGAGAGUGAGCUCAAGGCCCUAAAGGAGGAUUUUGAAGAGCCAGCAUCCCAGUUCAUAGACAUUCGGAAUCAAAAUUCACAAACUGGCAACCUCUCAAUGGGACGGCCCAGUUCCGCGGGUAACAGACCUGGCUCUGCCAGUACGCUACCCGGAGGAUCGCUGGUUGGCGCCUCAUCUUUGUCGAGCAAACGGUCGCGUGGGGAGGACUCUUCACCCAGAGCUUCCAAGGCUGUGAGGUUCAACCGAGGAGAAACUGUUCCGGAGAAACCUCAGUCUGCCCAACUCGUCAAACCUGAAGUUAGAACUAGUUCACCGGAAUCAUCCGACUCCGACUCCGAUUCUGAUUCUGUGUCUGAUUCCGACUCUGGCUCCCAAGAUAGUUCAGGCUCUGAUUCCGGCUCUGGUUCAUCGGACGAUGGCUCUACUGGAUCCAAAGCCGCCUCUUCAUCUGAAGAGGCAUCCGGUAAUGAACAAUCAAAUUCAUCGAGUUCAUCUUCAUCUGAUUCGAGCUCCGACGAUUCCUCGUCCGAGGAAGAACAGCCCGCCCCGAAGAAAGCGCGGCGCUCUCUCAUGGCUCCUCCUGGCCAGGGUACCAUCCGGACCAAGAAAAGCAAUAAUCGAUAUAAGCUUCGCCGCCGCCUCUCCAAGCUGAAAGAGAUUGGCGUGCUCCCUGAUGAUGCGGAUUUUAAUUCUCUGCGAACCUGGGAAGAGGAAAACGGAGGCUGGCAUUUCCCCGAAGGGUCAAGCAUUAUGUCUGCGCAAGCAAGCAAAGAUGAUAAAAAGAAACAAGACCGGAAGGAAUUUGAAGCUAAACGGCAGCAACUACUACGUGAUCUAGCGGCUUGCGGAAUUGAUGUGGAAGGGACAUCCGAAAAGGAAAAUGUUCCUCCGCGCACUUCUACCGUCUCCGCGCCUGCCGUUCCUGAAACUGCAAUCGCUGGAGAGGCCGAAACUGAACGCCCAAAUCGACGGACCUUGGACGUCGAAAGUUCACGACGACUCCUUUUCGGGUCCCUUGGGGUGCGCACGCCAAAGACCAAAGAGGAUGAAGAGGCAACCAUCAGAAAACUAGCAGCCCAGGCCAGCAAAGUCUCCAAAAAGCCAUCCAAGAAAGCGCCAGUUGAAAAAGAGUUGCCGGUUGAAGAAGAUAGUGAUGAUAAUGAUGUUGUUCCUAAUUGGCAAGACAAACUUAUUAUUAGGGCUACAGAAUGUGUCGUUGAAGGUAUCACGCUGACAGCCCCACCAUUCCCAUUCAAAAAUCGUUGGGAUCCUGUUGCCAAUGCCGAGAUUCGAGAGCGACUGGGCUGGAACAAAAAGCGCAAGCGGAAACAAAGGAUUCAGGUCUACGACGGAGCCGAAGAAGAAUACGAUGAGGGCCAGUACGGAGAUGGCAAUGCGUACCAAGGGUAUGACAAUUACGAAUAUGGAGAGGCGGCCUUCGACUACGACGAGAACGGCAACGUGAUCCACUACGACGAGAAUGGGGACGUGCUUCACUACGACGAUGAAGGAAACGAGCCGGAAAUCGACCACGCCGAGCAAACUCAGAUCGCUGUUGUCGAUGACCUUCCUGUCUUCCCCAAUGACCCGACCUCUGUUGCGGACUUGCAGGAGUGUGAAGCAAAGCCUGGAGCCAUCAUCGCUUUUCGCCAAUUGGAUAUGUCCAAGGAGACAAAUUGGCAACCCCGCAUGUCUGAAUACAGAGUGGCUGAGGUGCAGAAGGUUGACAAGGACACUAUUCAUGUUCGAUUGGCGGUACGUGAUUGGAAGCCCAAGCAAGACGCUGUGGAUCCAGAAGACGAUGAGCCCCGUCAGUACAGCGGCUUUGAGAUGCCUGGAUUUGAUGAUGAGGAAGGCGAGGACGAUGGCCUUCGCGAGCUCGCCUAUGCGGAACUCAGCGAUCCAAAGCUUCUCAAAGCGGCGCCGGGCGCUGUGGACGAUAACUCGGACAAGGAGAAGGAUACGGGUGUUACUCAAGAGGAUAGCAUUAUCUCCGUAAUUGCCGAUUCGAUGCCGAAUGCUCAGCUGGUUCCUCCAUUGGACAGCAUGGACCUCGAUGAAACGACAUUUGUCACUUUGGUCACUGCCAAUGAAUCUCCACAACGGCUCUCCGAUGUUCCAUCUAUCCGAACGCCCGGCGGUACGAUGCAUCUCGUGACUCAAGGCCAGGAUGCCGAUGAUGAACAUAGUGACACCCCUGUGGUGCCCUCGCCAUCUUUCUCUGGAUUCCAUUCCGCACUGUCAUCUCCGGGGAUGAGAUUGCGUUUCAAUAUUGAAGCUGAGGACGGCAAUCUCGACGGUCACACUCUUGUCGGCGAGGCCUCAUUGAUUCCUCGUGACGUCUCCAACCAGGAUAUUUCCACACUUUCCUUUUUAUCCGCCAAUGAAUCUUUCGCCAACGAUGUAUCUGAGAUCCAAGAGCAACAUGAUCGCCAGGUCGUUGACGAGCCCCAAAUCGCGCCUGGGGCCAAUGGUUCCGGUCCUGAUUCUCUUUUAUCCCCGGUCCAGAACGCAGCCAGUGCCAACUCUGACCAAUCAAAGCUCUCGCCUGCACCUGCCCGGAGUACGGUUGAAGAAAGUCCUGAUCCCCGAGCAGAGCCAUCUGAGCCGUGGGAGGAUAUCGUGAGCACGCCUUCUCACGAGAAUUCCGAUCAAGGAAAGGACGAAGUAGACUACAACGACGACCAGGACGAGGAUAAAGACAGUCUUCUCCAUAGCAACCAAAGUGUUGAUCUCUCCCCUCAUCCAUCACCACCUCCGCCCAGCUCGCGUUCCUCAAACAAGCCCCCUCCAAGUGCUCAACCAGAGCCCCACCCCGAGAAAUCUCACAAAGCAAAGGUAUCUACCAGGUCUAAGACCGAAUCUCCCGCCGGAUCCGUCCGCAGUAAGCGUCGUGCUGCUCGCGCAUCCACCUCGCAAAUCAAUUCAUCGCAGACGUCUGAAGUUAUGGAUCUUACGUCUAGCCCCGCUCCCACCAGCGACCCCACGGGGAAGUCGCAACAGGAUGCCCCUCAGAAGCCAGUUACGGGUGAUGAUCCUGGUCCCGCACGGCAGAGUAAAAUGCAGCGCAUGACCGAAGUUAGCGUCAGUCCCAAGAUCGGCCACAAGAAGAGCAAGAAGCGCUUGUCGCGCAAGUUCUGA